AUGGAUAGACAUUUGUCAACAAAGCUGCCCGAGCAACCCUUUGCGUUGGGGUUUGCCGGCUCGGGCAGCCGCGCCCCUGCGUACCUUGACGCACCGCAGGAGUAUUAUGUGGCCACACGCUCCCCGGUUACCGUCACGCCGCCAGGGCGGACGCACACGAAGGAGUGUUUCAGUGCCUACGGCUACACCGACCCUGUCGACAUGAAGGAGCGGCUUCCGUCGAGGGACGACUUACAGAUGGUACAGCAUCAGUCCCGGCUGCCGCGUUUGCCAAUCCCGACAAUCGAGGAAACGUGCAGUCGGUUUCUCAAAUCUAUUGAGGCCAUCGCCUCCGCCGAGGAGUACUUUGUCGCCGUGAAACUUAUCGGCGAGUUCAAGGCGGCGGGGGGUGUUGGGGAGAAGCUUGACGCCCUCCUUCGCGAGUGGGACCAGCGAUGCGGGCAGCCAAGUUGGCUGGAGGAGUUCUGGGAUGACGCCUACCUCUGUCCACGCGAUCCUAUUCCCAUUAACGUAAACUAUUUCUUUGGCUUCAGUGCCCAUCCGAAUAAGAAGGCCAUGACACAGCUUGGGCGUGCCGCAAGUCUGCUUCACGGCGCGGUCUCUUACCACAUAGACAUUCGUCAAGACAACUUGCUGUGUGAGUUUGAGCGCGACAAACCCGUUUGCAUGUGCCAGAAUCGGUUUCUCUGCUGCACCUCGCGGGUGCCGGGGAGGCGGCGUGAUCGCAAGGUGUGCUACUGUGAAAUUCCUGCCUUAUCAAGGGAUGAGUUGGAGUCUAAAAGCGUGGAAUACGUUUCCUCUCCAGACCCGCCGCGACACUGCAUUGUCAUUCAACGCAACCGGUUUUUCCAAUUAAACGUUAUAAGAGACGACGACACGAUCGUGGAGGUGGAGGAGCUGUUGGUGGCGCUCAAACUUAUUGAGGAACGCGUGGUUACCGCCGAAGAGCCAGGCCCACCUGUUGGGCUGCUGACCACGAUGAACCGCACCGACUGGUUUGAGGCCCGAGAACACCUCAAGCAGCUUGGGAACUACAACACACUGCGUGCGAUUCAGUCAGCCAUUAUUUGUAUCGCGCUUGAUAGCGUGGAGGUGGUGACCUCCGACGAGGCCGCCCGGAUCUUCCUUCACGGCAGCGGCACCAACCGCUGGUUUGAUCGACACAACAUUAUUGUGACACGCGAUGGUUGGGCCGGCGCGAAUUGGGAGCACUCCGUUGCGGACGGCACGGCAACGCUGCGGCUGGCCGACCGCAUGUACCAGUCGGACUGCGAACACGUCUUCACGGAGGACGUCAUUGCGGAGCUUGCGACAGACGCGUCUCGACGCCUGCGGGCCGCCGCACUCUUCACGGAACUGGCGUGGUUGUUGGACGGCACAGUCAACGACACCAUGAAGCGAGCCUUCAGUGACUACAAGAAGAUGAUUGAGGUGAAUGAGACGGCGGUAUUGCGGUUUCGUCACUUCGGUGGGGCUCGCAUAAAAGGCGUAAAGGCCUCCCCUGACGCUUUUCUUCAGCUUGCGUUUCAGCUGACGUAUUACCGUCUUUUGGGGCGGGCAGGGGCCACGUAUGAGGCGGCGAGCACGCGAACAUUUCUGCACGGCCGAACAGAGUGUGUGAGGAGCGCCACACGAGCCUCAUUGGAUUUCUGCCGCAUGAGCGGUGAGCCUAUUUUUUCCGAGCCCGUCGGAUCGAUUCUGCCCACGCAGCGCGCACUGAUGUGGGAGGCCAUGCGACAGCACUCAGAGAACAUGCUACUUGCCAAAAAGGCACACGGAAUUGACCGCCACCUUCUUGGCCUGCGCCUACAGGCCGUGAAGCACGGCAUCCCGCUCCCUGACAUCUUUGAAAACCCCGUUUUUAAGCGCAGUGCUCACUGGAACAUGUCCACCUCCCACUGCGGAAGCAGCAGCCUGAGCCUCUUUGGCUUUGGCCCCGUCGUAGGCGACGGCUUUGGGAUAGGGUACAUGGUCAAGAACGAUCACAUCGAUGUAUGCAUUACAUCCAAGUUUACGCAUCCCUACACGAGUUCGGUGGUGUUUGCGACGAUUUUGCAGUCUUCCUUGCUUCACAUGAUGGGCAUCGUUGAAAGUGAGUCGACGCACCAGCGGGCGGAGGCACGCACGUUGUUGUUCUCCCACCCGACCGGAUUCAACGACUUUAAGUACGACCCAGCGGAGGGAUUUGUGUACAAGUGCUUCACGCGAUGA